UUUGACCUGCUUGUGUUCCGCAGCUGACCUGUGUGGCUGUGAAUUCAGAUGCGCUUCUAAAUUACCGUGUGGGCCCGGUGUUGACAAAGCGCAGAUCCAACUCCUAGCUAAGCUAACCCUGCAUUUCCAGCGCUGACGGACCUUUGUCUGUGGGCGUUUCGUUGAAAGCAUAGACUGUUUAUAAGGCUGAAAGCAGAAUGUGGGGUAUUUGCAGCAGAGCUAUGGUAAAGGUGGGAAUGGCGAAACCUUGUGGCUUAGUGAAACCCUGUCACUUGGUGAAACCUGUAUCAGCGACUCGGGUAUCUGGCAGAUACCUGACCCACCAGAAGGGACUACCCGGUCUGCCUGUCCCCCCUCUGCAGCAGACCUGUGAGCGCUACAUCACCGCCCUGGAGCCCAUCGUGGAGGUGGACGAACUGAAGCACACUAAAGAGCUGGUGGAAGAGUUUCAGAAAGCAGGAGGGGUUGGAGAGAGACUGCAGAGAGGCCUGGAAAACAGAGCACGCAACACUGACAACUGGUUGUCAGAGUGGUGGGUGCAGGUUGCUUAUCUUGAUUACCGGAUGCCUGUGGUGGUCCAUUCAAGUCCUGGGUUGGUCUUGCCCCGCAUGAACUUCAGUGAUAAGCAGGGACAAAUAAGGUUUGCUGCCAAACUGAUAGCAGGUGUUUUGGACUUUAAAACAAUGAUUGACAAUGAGACACUACCUGUUGAAUAUCUGGGAGGGAAGCCCCUGUGUAUGAAUCAGUACUAUGAAGUGCUGUCAUCCUGCCGUAUCCCUGGUCUGAAGAGAGACUCAGUGGUGAACCACGCCAAAAGCUCCAGGCCCCCCAGACAUAUAACUGUAGUGCACAACUUUCAGUUCUUUGUGUUGGACGUGUACAACAGUGAUGGCACCCCACUGACCGCUGAUCAGCUCUGUGUUCAGCUGGAGAGGAUCUGCAGCUCCUCACUACAGUCCAACACGGAGCCUGUCGGCAUCCUCACCACCCAGCAUCGCGACUCAUGGGGCAAGGCCUACGUUAACCUCAUCGAGGAUAAGACCAACAAAGAAUCUGUGUCAGCUAUCCAAAGGAGCAUCUUCACACUGUGUUUGGAUGGAGCGAUGCCUCGAGUGUCUAAUGAGAUGUACCGCAGCUGUGCUGCCAUCCAGAUGCUGCAUGGAGGAGGCAGCCAGUGGAACAGUGGCAACCGCUGGUUUGACAAGACCCUGCAGUUUAUCGUUGGAGAGGACGGGUCAUGUGGUGCGAACUACGAGCACGCCCCAGCCGAGGGCCCACCAAUAGUGGCCUUGAUCGACCAUGUCGUCGCAUACACGAGGAAGCCGGAGAUGACGCAGUCUCCCACGGUGCCUUUGCCCAUGCCCCAGAAACUCCACUUCAACAUCACACCUGAGAUCAAGAAGGACAUUGAGGAAGCCAAGCACAACAUGAACAUACUGGCCCAAGACCUGGAUAUGAGGGUCAUGGUAUUUGGCCACUUUGGGAAAAGUGUUCCAAAGGCCCACAAGAUGAGCCCGGAUGCUUUCAUACAGAUAUCACUACAGCUGGCUUACUACAGGAUGUACCAGCGCUGCUGUGCCACGUAUGAAAGUGCCUCCCUGCGGAUGUUCAGACUGGGCCGUACAGAUACAAUCCGAUCAGCCUCGGUGGCCUCAGCUGCCUUUGUCAGGGCCUUUGACGAUCCCAGCAAACAGAACACAGAGAAGGUUGAUCUAAUGGAGAAAGCUGUAAAAGCACACAGGUCAUAUACUAAUAUGGCAAUCAGUGGCCAGGCCAUAGACCGACACCUCCUGGGCCUCAAGAUGCAGGCGGGAACAGAAAAAAUCUCCAUACCUGAUCUCUUCACAGACACAGCCUACGCCAAAGCCUUACACUUCCAGCUAUCUACAAGUCAGGUGCCUUCCAAGACUGACUGCGUCAUGUGUUUUGGCCCCGUUGUCCCAGACGGAUACGGCGUGUGCUACAAUCCCAUGGAUGAUCACAUAAACUUUGCAGUGUCGUCUUUCAACACCUGUGAACAAACGAAUACAGCACAUCUGGCCCAGGCCGUGGAGAACGCACUGUUGGACAUGAGGACACUGCUGGAACAAAGCCCAAGAGCCAAACUGUGAAGCUCUUUUAUCCAAGGAGGGUUAAAUCAAGUGGGCGCUGCAGGGCUAGUCUCAGCAAAGGGCAUUAGUGACAUUUAGAUGACUGGACCCCACACCGUGUGCAAGACUACCAUGUUCCAAAUGGUAGUCUGAAUCAGUAUUACCAGGUGAUUAUUGAUCAACAUCAUGCACUUUAAAUGAUUCUGUGAUACCUGCUGUGUAAUGACUGGGAGGUUUAAUGCACAGGCAUAUUAAAUUAAUAAAUGAGAAUGAAACAUCAUUAACAGACUGUUACUGUACUUUACCACACAAAUUUCCCUGUUUUGGAUAAUAAAUUUUACGGUAAUCCUGAGAAAUGA